AUGGCAACUCUAUCCUCAUCUGGCAAGGAGAUUUUUCCUCAAACAGUCAGAAGUAUUGAGGGUUAUUUCAAACAAAAGGAAAUACAAUUUCAACAUGGUCACACAACCAUAAUAGCUAAAUGUCCAUUCUGUGCUACCAUCUUGAGCAGGGAGUCGAGGACCUCGGCAAUUGAGAAUCAGGGAUCAUUUA